AAAACUAAAGGCGGAAGGGGACCAAAAAUCUGUCCGAUCGGGUUGAGCGGCUUUUGGGCGAUAACCUUUGCGAUACAGAGAAAAUUGUCAUUCCCGCGCCGCCCGCAAUUCAAUUAACCAAUCCCCGAACUUAACCCUAGAAAUCGAAUUCGAUGCCGCAGAAGAAGAACUUCAGGAAAAGGAUAUACGAAGAAGCAGAAGACGAGAACGAUGACAAAAACGACGUCUCAGAAGACGAAGAAGAGAGGAGGUUGGCAAUGGAGGAGGUGAAAUUCCUACAGAAACAGAGGGAGCGGAAAUUUGGGAUCCCUGCGAUACCAAAGGUGCAAAGUGGCGGCGCUGUGGCUAAACCGACUGAAAAGACCGAAGCAGCUGAUGGGGAGAAGGAGGAGCUGGUUCUGCAGGAUACAUUCGCUCAAGAAACUGCUGUCAUGGUUGAAGAUCCCAACAUGUUGAGGUAUGUGGAACAUGAAUUGGAAAAGAAAAGGGGCAGGAACAUUGAUGUAACAAAUCAAGUGGAGAAUGAGCUAAAACGUGCCGAAGAUGAAUUAUACAAAAUUCCCGAGCAUCUCAAAGUUAAGAAACGAAACUCUGAAGAAAGCUCCACUCAGUGGACUACUGGGAUCGCUGAGAUUCAACUCCCCAUUGAAUAUAAGUUGAAAAAUAUUGAGGAAACGGAGGCAGCCAAAAAGCUUCUUCAAGAGAAGAGGCUUGUUGGUCAGACAAAAUCAGAUUUUAGCAUCCCUGCAAGUUACAGCGCAGAUUUUUCCCAUCGUGGCAGGGACUAUGCAGAGAAACUUAGGAGAGAUCGCCCUGAGCUGUACAAGAAUAGAGGUUCUCAAGCUAAUGGUGCAGGGCCUGGAACAACUGAUAAUAGCGCAGAUUCAGCUGGCCGUAGGCAGGCUGCAACAGAUGAGUUCACGCUGGAGCGCUUCCGUAAACGAGAUCGACAGAGGGUUAUGCGCAGAUAGAUUACAUGUGCCUUUGCUCCAACUUCUUAUAUUGUGGUUAGUCAAGGACAAUUCGUGUUCAUGUUCAACUAUCCAUAUUCUUUCAUCUACAGCUUUCGGAAUUAGCAGUGCAAAAUGCAUCUUCAGCAACUUUUGUAAAUCCUUUUGAUGUAAAAGGUACACAUUCUAAUGUUAAAAUUCUGAUUCUGCUCUUGCUGCCAA